GACGAAGAAUUUUGGUACGAUGACGGGAACAUCGUCGUCGUUGCCCGCGACGUCGGAUUCCGCAUCUACAAGGGACUGCUCGCGGACUGCUCGCCAGUUCUCAAAGACAUGUUUUCCACCCCUCAAACCCACGCUGCAUCGUCCUCUGCUGCGGAUCUCACCCACGACGUUUAUCCUGUAGUGCACGUAUCCGACUCUCCCGAAGACUUCAGGUACCUAUUGCGCUUCUACAUGCCCCGCACUGAUUCCAGCAGCCCAUUUGUCUCCGACGAUCCUUCGUUUGACAUGAUCUCAGCAGCGGUUCGCCUCGGACAAAAGUACCAGAUGACGCGCCUGCUCGAGCAUGCGGUCAGAUACCUGAAGACAUACUAUACGAACGACUUCGAUGCAUGGGUGGCGGGAUCGAGAUACGGACCCCCCGGCUUCGCCGAAGUUCACUCUCUGGGUGUGGUAAACCUCGCGCGCCUGGCCGGCGAGCGCAGUCUCCUACCAACGGCCCUUCUCCGUUGCUGCAUGCUCCGCGGCGCGACCGUCCGCGGAUUCGAGCGCGAAGAUGGCUCGCGUGAGCAACUGACGCUGGACGACAUCGAAUUGUGCUUCGUCGCGAAGAGCCGGCUCAUCCGGGAGUCGGUCCGCAUCGCGCUCUGCGUCUUCGAGCCCACCACCUCGCGGAAGUGCAAGAAGCCAUCGCAGUGCGUAUUCGUCUUUAAUGCGCUCGUCAGGGCCCUCCAGAAGCACGUGGAGGACAUCGCUACCCCGGAUCCGUUUGCGCCGUUCUACACGAUCCUUUCGGAGACGCGGAAAGAGCUGUGUUCGCAAUGCGCGGAUAUGACCAAGGAGCGCGAUCUGCACGAGAGGCGCGCGUCCUGGGACAGGCUCUCGGAGAUGUUGGGAAUCGACGAGCCG